AUGAAUCCUUGUGCGCCUGCCUUCGUCCCAAGCUCUCAGUCGUCCGAGUCGGACCCUGAUUCUGCCAAGAAGCCCACGCGCUCGCCAGCGAAGAAGCCUCGUCCGGGUCGAGAUGCCCCCUCGCUGAAGCCAAAGCCUAAGCAUAAGCGUAACAAGUCUAGCGUCAGUGUGGCACUUGACCCCAAGAAGUACGAUACAAUGUUUCCCUCCCUCCCGAAAGCCAGCCCGCCCAAGGAGCAGCCGGUUCAAAAAGCGAAGGCGUCCAGGAAGAAGAAGAAGAGGGCUAAGAGAGUUAGUGUCCACAAUCCAGAAAACAGAGAUCCUUCCAAGCCAUCCGGAGCCGCUGCCGAGGGUCAGACGGCCCCAGAGCCGACCGUCCAAGAGGAGACCGUCCAAGAGGCCCCUGAGAAGCCCGAGCCCGAGCUUCUACAACCCACCGUCUAUACCCCCGCGAAGCCAAAGUUGGAGCUUCUCAAGCCUACCGUUUACACUCCACCAACUUCCUCUCACACCAGCCGUAGAGAUCAACGAGUUGACAACUUGCAAAGCCCAAGGGUCCGGGUCAACAAGCCCGUUGGCAGGUCGUCGAGACCCCGCCUACGCCCCGACGUGCCGCCAACUCCUCAUCAUGACCCAAGGAACCGUGGCCGAAAGCAACCUGUAGCAGGUCCUCCCGUCACCAGAGUUGGUACUCCAGCCGCCGUUCAUGCUCUCGCACCCCUUGACCCAAACGCGCCUCUCGGUCCCAUGAUGGCCCCCAUGAUGGGCCCUUUCGAUCCACAGGGGAUGUCCUUCCCGUCCAUGUGUGGCCCGUCUCCUAUGCCCUUUCCGCUCGUACCCUGGAACAUGAUGCCCGUUCCCUGGCAUCCGUACCAGCCCCAGAUGCCCUUCGCAGUGGAAGGCUAUGACGGGCAAUUCUGGCCUCAGCCUCCUCCGGUCGCCGCGCAAGCUCCUCAGCUGCAAGGGCCACCCAGGCCUGGGUCUUGUGAGUCCUCCAAGCACAGUGAUUCGCUAAGCACACCUCGAACCACAGCCUUCCGUGGUCAUCAGGCAAGCAACUCCCUCGGCGCAGUCCCGGGGCCCGGCAUAAACAUCGUUCCCAGAACCCAGGUUGAGAUGUUCAAGAACCAGGAGAGAGCCAAGUCCUCUAGCCCCAGAGGCCCCAGAUUUGGUCCCAGAGGCAAAGCAGCCUGGAUUAAGGCGUCCCCUCUUGGUAAGACUUGCGCGAUUGCUGUUGCUCCCAACGACAAGGAGAUACCCAUGACAACCGCUGCCAAGACGUUCGACAAGCACCUCCGAGAGGUCACGGAUCCCCGUAAGUGUGCCGGUUUCAUUCCGACUCGACAAGUCCAGACCUCGUUGGGAUCGCCUCGCGUGAUGAACGUUCCAAGUGCCAACGGCCACAACGACAGUCUGCUUCGCAACCAUAAGAUGCCUCGGGUACAGCUUCCUCAGCAGACCGAUUCAUCUGUCGCAGGACCAUCGUCUCAACGUCGUACUCUGAAGCCCGUCAACUCUAACACGCAAUCGUCUUCUGCUCUUACCGGGCCUGAGGCAGGUACAUGGUCGCAGUCCAAGAGAUGGACAAGCACGGCAGCCAAAGAGCGCCAGUCCUUCCAGAAGAUGAUGGCUAACCUGCGAUACAUGGGUGCUGACCAGUCGCCUUUUGUCCCUCAGACUCCUGCAGAGCUUACGGCUUUCAAAGUAGCCAUCGCCGAGGCUGAAAAACUCAAGCUCGCUGAAGAGGUCAGCCGACGAGUUGCUCAGGCCAAUGCCAAAAUCGAAGGGGGUGAGGGAAAGCAACUCCUCAAGGAACUGAUGGGCGGUAAGAUAUUCUCGGAUCACCUGUCCCCUGUUUUCGCCAUGAACAACUGCUUCAACAAAAAGUUGCCCAGCAACCUAGUGAUGCAAGCCGAGUGGCCGCCUCUUUCAGAGUUCAAGGAGGAGGGUGACAAGCGUGCUGGUCGACCGGGUCGUUGCUUGCCCCUACCUCGUCUCAACUUGGUCGCUUCAAGGUACAUCCACAGACCCUGGGAGGCGUACAACCCUGACGGGACAAUCCGCUGGGACAAGAAGGUAGUCCAGGUUGGUUCGCAUUUCAUCUGUGCAGUUACACAGCCAGACGCCUCUAUCACGCCUCCUGUGGAACUCAAAAUCGAUGCCCUUCAUUUCUUGCUUAGAGCAAUUCUGAGUGAGAUCGAUGGAGUUGAACCCAAGGCGGACAAAGAGGAGGUUAAGGAGGAGAAGGAGGAAGUCUCCGCCGAACAGGACAGCCGUGAAGAGGAAGAGUCCUGA